AUGUCUCCAAUCCAUACUCCGGCCAUUCCCAAGGGCUCCACCGUGCUCGUCACCGGCGGCAAUGGCUUUAUUGGAUCGCAUGUCGCCGACCAGCUCCUCACUUACGGCUACAACGUGCGCGGCACUUCACGUGACCCCGCAAAGCAUGUCUGGGUCAGCAACGUGUUCGACAAGAAAUAUGGCAAGGGUCGGUUCGAGCUCGUGGCGGUGCCCGAUAUGGAAGCUGACGGCGCUUACGACGAAGCUGUCAAGGGCGUGGCUGCUAUCGUGCACACCGCCACAAAUUACACCAUGAAUCCCAACCCACACGAGGUUGUGCCGAGCACACUUCGCGGGGUCCGCAAUGCCCUUAAGGCGGCUGCGGCUGAGCCAAGCGUUAAGCGUUUCGUCCUUACGUCUUCGUCCGGAUCUGCUCUCAUUCCUCAGCCCAAUGAAGAAGUCACUGUAACUGUCGACACUUGGAACGAGGCGGUAGUGAAAGAUGCUUAUCGCGAUCCACCUUAUGAGGGAAACCGCGCGUAUCCUGUCUACUGCGCCAGUAAGACGCUGGCGGAAAAAGAGGCCUGGAAGUUUGUCCGUGAAAACAAGCCUGGUUUCGUGCUCAACGCAGUUCUGCCAAAUAUCAACUUUGGUAAGAGCCUGGACCCUUUUAAUCAGGGCCACCCGUCUACCUCAGGCCUUGUUGUGGAGUUGUUCAAGGGUAACACCGAGGCAUUCGCUGGCCUCCCAGCUCAGUAUUUUGUCGAUGUUCAAGACACUGCACUUCUCCAUGUGGCCGCAGCAAUCCAUCCCGGAGUGGAAAACGAGCGUGUCUUCGCCUUUGCCGAGCCCUGUAACGGCGACAGUAUCCUGAAGAUACUGCGUAAGCUGUAUCCUGGUAAAAAGUUCCCCGAAAACUUUCAGAGUGACAAGGAUCUUAGCAAGAUUGUUCCCCGCGCCCGCGCUGAGGAGCUGUUGAGAGAUAUGGGAAAGUCUGGGUGGACCAGCAUGCAAGAAAGCGUCAAAUUGAACACGGAGGACCUGUGAUAAUCAGUUAUUUCAAGGUGCAUGAAGCGUCGGAUCCAAUGCCUAAGUUUUGUAGCAAAUGAUUUUUGAGUACAAUGAGCGAGAAUUUAAGAUGUGAAUGCCAAUCCGUUUCUCAUUGCCCCUGUACCUUAUAGCUCACGUCAAAACCCAACGUACUCGACGGCUGAACAUCGCAUAGUAUUAGACAAUUCAAAAUUAGGUAAAAGGAUUUGAGAAUAAACGCCCUUAUUCCUUCAAGGAAUGAUUUGGAAAUGAAAUAGAAAGAAAU